GCUCGGCGCUUCCUGUUCCGGCGCCAGGAGGAGUCGCGCGCUGCUGGUGCUGCUGCCGCCCCUGUCUCCGUCGCCGCUGCCGUCGGUCAGUUUCGCUCGGUUCUUCAGCGCUCAGUUCCCUCGGACCCAUCGCCGCUUCUAGACCUUGCUGCGGGUUCGGAUCUUGCCGGGAGGAACGGAGACCCAGAGACGACCCCUUAACCGAAAUCCUUGGGACCAGUGUGUUUUGGAAUUCAGACAUCUUUGGAUUUUAUCUUUAGAUUUUAGAAAGACAAUAAGGUGCAAAGAUGAGAGAUCACACCAGCAGAGUCGGGGCAGCAUCCCCUAAUCCAACAGUAAUAUUUGUGCAGCGAAUAGGGGAGAAUUAAUGGAAACUGUAAAUAGCCUCACGUCAGGUUUUGCCACCAAGAAAAUGUCUGAUGAAUUUUCGUUGGCAGAUGCACUACCUGAACACUCCCCUGCCAAAACCUCUGCUGUGAGCAAUACAAAACCCGGCCAACCUCCUCAAGGCUGGCCAGGUUCCAACCCUUGGAAUAACCCAAGUGCUCCACCUUCUGUGCCAUCUGGACUCCCACCAAGUGCAACACCCUCCACUGUGCCUUUUGGACCAGCACCAACAGGAAUGUAUCCCUCUGUGCCUCCCACCGGACCACCUCCAGGACCCCCUGCACCCUUUCCUCCUUCUGGACCAUCAUGCCCCCCACCUGGUGGUCCUUAUCCAGCCCCAACUGUGCCAGGCCCUGGCCCCACAGGGCCAUAUCCUACACCAAAUAUGCCCUUUCCAGAGCUUCCGAGACCAUAUGGUGCGCCCACAGAUCCAGCCGCAGCUGGUCCUUUAGGUCCAUGGGGAUCCAUGUCUUCUGGACCUUGGGCACCAGGAAUGGGAGGGCAGUAUCCCACCCCUAAUAUGCCAUAUCCAUCUCCAGGGCCGUAUCCCGCUCCUCCUCCUCCCCAAGCACCAGGGGCUGCACCACCUGUUCCGUGGGGCACUGUUCCACCAGGAGCCUGGGGACCACCAGCGCCAUAUCCUGCGCCUGCAGGAUCAUAUCCCACACCAGGACUCUAUCCCAGUCCCAAUAAUCCUUUUCAAGUGCCUUCAGGACCUUCCGGUGCUCCACCGAUGCCCGGUGGCCCCCAUUCUUACCAUUAAGUUAACAAUGGAUGAAGAGAUGACGCUUUGCUUUUUGAAGUACAUAUAUAUAUAUGCACUUGAAUGCAUAUAUAAAAAUUGCUGUUUCACUAUUCUUAGAGGGCAUUCAUGAAAGAACAACUCUUGCACCUCUCAGAAGAUAUCUGCCUCUUGUGCUUGGAUGUAUAGUACAUCUGAUGGAAACAAUCAGAUAAAAAUGUAAAAGUAAAUCAUUCAAAUGUGAUUUUUAUUCGGUUUUUAUGGAAAGUUAAAGUAAUUAAGUAUAUUGAAUAGCUCUUUGAUACAAUUUGUUUAAAACAAAUUUUUGAUUUGUUUAAAUUAUGAAACUAAAUACUUAUAUUAUCACUUUUUUCCCUAAAUAAACACACUUUGAAAACAAUCACAUUGUCAUAAUUUAAACAAAUGAUGCCUCUCAACAUCUUGAGCUGCUCUAUCUAUAGGAUAAAUAAACCUGGUCCUUCUGAGGUUAUCUUUUGGAUAUACAUUUUAAAACUUGGUAAUUAUUGUCAGAUGUUGAGUUCAUUUUUAUCCUUGAGCUUUUAGUAAAAACUUUACUUCAUUUUGAGUUCCACCUGAUUUAUUUUUAGCCAUAUGGGUCAUACAGCUCUAAAAUCUGCCCUUUAUGGAAACUGUUUUCUUUUUAAUGCAGGCCAACAUGUAUAUGUAAAUUAUAUUCUUAGAGAAUUGGUGAUCUCUUUGUACUUGUAGAAUAGAUUAUGAUGUGUCCAUAUUACUUUGGAAAGAGCUCAAGGAAGGAAAUAUUUCUCUCCUUUGUCUUGAACUUCAAACUAGAAGAGACCCUAGGAACUGCUUCAUAGUAACAAGUAAUUUGCAUUCCCACAAAACACUCUUCUACAGGACCCUUCCUGUAGGCCCCUCUCCCUCGGUUCUUUAGAAGGAGCACUUCCCUUAAUUCCAUCCUGAUGUGGAAAACUGGCACACUCUAGGGGUCUGUCACAAACACAGAAGUUAUGUUUAGAGAACGUUAGUCAUACAGACAUGACUGUUCUCUUUGUACAAGUGUGAUCGAAACACGUUACGUCUUUCAGAGUCUGGUUAAGCUAUGUCAUCGUCUCUUGCAUAGUUUUCCUGGAUCUGUUUGUAACGUGCUUAUGGCUAACAGUUCAGUUCUGUAUUUGUUGACAGGUAAGACAGGUAAAUAGGUAGAAGAAUGAGUGCCAUCCUCAAAAAUUACUCUCUAGCUGUAACACUGAGAAUAAUCAUAAAGUGUAGAUCUCUGCAAUUGAGUUUAAAGCAGUGUGACUGUGUUACUUAAAAAUAAGUGUUGUUUGUAACCUCCAGAACAGCUUUUUGGCACCUUAUCUUUAAAACCGAUUUUUAGAUUUGGGAUAGAACUGACCAUGUUAUUUGUCAAAUUUUGAAUGUAUCCAUUAGGUUACUAAAAUGUAUUGUGACUUUCUUGACCAGUAUAUGAGAGAUUUAUGCUGGAGCUCUUACCUUUGCUUAGAAAUAAAAUAUUUAGUAGUUUAUUUCUCUUAUAGUUAAAAUGUCAAGAAUGCCAAAUGCUGCCAAUUUAAUGGUUUGAUAGCUACCUCCUUUUAAGAAAGCAAGAUUGUCACCUUUGAGAGGAACACUCAGUAUUUAGGCCUCCCUUAAGUAGAUGAUAGAUUCAGGCUUUCAGAAUUGAAACUAAUUUGUUUAGAUAUUUUCAGACUGGGGAAUUUUAGACAGCCCUUUCAUAGUGGCACAGUCUUUUUUUCUUUCACUUCUUUGCAGGGACAAGUGGCAGCUAUCUGUAACACUCUUGGAAUCUGUUGCAGCCUUCAAUUUAUAAGGCAGUAGCCUUAGAAGGUGUCAUAGCUUAACUUAUCAAUCAACAUCAUAAUGUCAGCUAACUCUGGAGGGAUGAUAGGCAAAGUGAGAUGGCAGCAAAGGUAUCUCUCCUUUUGGUUAUUUUGGUUGUUCUACCUUGGAGUAAGUUGACAACUCUGGCUUUAGAAAAAUAUUUAACACUAGAGAGGAUAACGUUUGACUACAAGAAGAAUAGGUAGCAAGUUUGGGAAUCUGUUAUCGUGGAGUCCAUUUACUAUCAGAGAAAAUCUUAUGCUAAAGGAUUUGAAGGGCCAUGAAUACCAGAUUUGGCAUUAUUACCCCUUAUAAGUAUAUUAACUGCUGGUGACCCAUACUGCCCAGUGUGCCCUAGAUGAUACUGCCAUUUUAAAUUUGGCUCUUCGAGGAUUUUCCAACUGAUUUUUGGGAAAUUUUUUUUAAACAUAAGAAUUGAAAUCAAAGGGAAUAGAAUUUGCUUUUACAUUCUUUUUAAUUUCCAAGCAUCAUUUCUCAACUUGAGGGAGGGGCAUCUCAAUUCUUGUGGGUACUUGGGGGCAAAAGGUAUUUUUAGGUUCAGGGUGGAGUUAAGAAAAGCAGAAGUUGUUUCAAGGGAGGAAUGGAGGAAAGCAUCUAAGAAGGUUUUUGUCUUUACAGGGGGAUAAUGUUGCUUUUAAAACAAGUUAUGCUAGGCUGAGAUUGGUUUGUGGAAGAGACUGCUUGUUAGAAAGUAUGUUUGGUCUUAAGGGAACAUGGAGUACGGAAUAUGCUGGCAUUUGGACUUUCAGAGCAGGAAUUUUAAGAUAAAUUUGAUGGAGAUAGUUGAGAUGUGUUGAGUAAUAGUGUUUCUGAAGUUAGAAUCUUAGAUUUUGAAAUGUUGAGCCUAAAAAUGACAAUGAAAAAUUAAAGUAUAGACCUUAGGUCCUCAUUCACACACUCAGUCCUCAAGAAUCAAGGCUCCUUAAAGGAGUGCUUACAAUGCCUUGGCUUGUCUGAACUGGACCCGGCCUGACAUUUUUUCAUGCUUUUGAAGAUGGCUGUUUACAGCUGUGACUCCAUAGCCCUGUUUUCUGUAAAGUAAUAUAUUGAUUAUUUGGGAAUAGACAAUACAUUUUUUUAAUUACCCAAGGGCCUCCUUCAUUCUUUGUCAGUUUUACUGUUUAUUGUUUUCAGCAGAGAAUAAUAAAAGGGCAGAGAAGAAAGGGGGUGAAUUUUGGGCCUUGGUCUGUCAUACCACUACAAUGGGAUAUUGGAAUAUUUUCUAGGAAAGAAGUCAGUUUUUCCCCUGCUUUUUUUACCUCACACUUAUUAGUGCUACCUGUUGUAGUCAAAUGUACAGCUUUUGAAACUACUUGUGUGUAUCAACAUAGCUCUACUCAGAGUUUCAAUUAAAAUACUGUGCCUAGUUUGCAUAUCAAUCAGUUGCCUACACUUCCAAAAGAUUCGUGCCAGUGUCUUCCUUCCUCACCCUGAAUAAUCUAGUGCUAGAUUUAUAAAAUGCCUGGUUUAUAAACCUUGGAAAUUAAACCUAAGCACAGACCUUCAAGUGUUCAAGUUUUUGAAAAGCGUAAGGCUUGAUUCAGAUGAAUCACACUGAUCCACUGUACUGUGCAUAGAAAGUGGUGGGUGGCUUUCAGGGAAGACUAUAAUUUUAUUUUAAUAAAGCAAUACUUAGUAUUGAAGACAGACACUGUUUGUUUUAUUUUCAGAAUUCUGCCAAGUAAAACAAAAAUUGCCAAUAAAAUAAUCAGUAUUAAAGAAAUGGCCAUGCAAGCUUCUGGCAAUAGACAGCAUCUGAAAACUGCAUUCAUUCAGCAGACUCUCAGAUGUCCAUGAUCCAGGUGCUUUGCCAGAUGCCAGAGAUACGGAGAUGAAGAGAAUGCCUGUCUUUCAGAGGCUUACAGCCUAGGGGGAGGCAUUACAGAAUUGAUGAGUACAUCCAGUAUUAGUUUACCUGGACAAACAUAUUUUAGUGUUGCCGCUGGUGGAAUUUAUAGACUAGCCUUUGGGCAUUUAAAGAACAAAGUAGGGCAUACCUUUUUUUAAAGUAAGAAAAUGCUUUCAAGACUGUAGUGUUUGUCAGUGCAACUAUCAAGAGUGCAAAGUAAUGGGAUGUUUUUUUCCUCUAAUUUUCCCCUGGAUAAAGGCACUUUCACUGCCUGUCACUGAUUAGUAGAUCCUGAUCUAUUGCCAUUAAGUAAACUUGACUUCUUAUGCGUGUUCUAUAAAGCAUUUUUUUCCUUGAUAUUUUUAUAUUUUUUCUUGAUAUUGUGAUUUUUUUCAUUGACUUAAUAAUGACAAAUUUAAUGUAUGUAAUUGUCUAUGCAUUUUAAGUUAAACUGCCUAAAAUGUGAUUUGACACAUACACAUUUGUUUGUAUUAUGAACUGUAAGCAAUCUGUUUGAGAUGUUAGGUUUUAUCACCUGCUGCUGUAUUUGUAAACAAAGACAAAUGUUGCUUUAAGACGUAAUUAUAAUUAGGAAUAGUC